UGUUUCAAUGUUUUCAAUGAUUGAACACUUUUUUUGUGUGUAUUUUGUUUUAUAACUAUUUUUGUCAAUUGAAUGACACAAACAAACAAUUAAUUAAAUCAAAUAUUAUUUGAUAUCUUGAAGUCAACACAUCCAAGACAUCACAAGAGCUGACACAAUGUCUGGCAACGCUUUUUUCGGCGAAGUCAACGAACUGGACUCGCGGGCCAUCUAUUGGUCCGAUGAGGACACCGACGACGAUGCGGCCGGCGAUGAAACAAACGGUGAAUCGCAGAAAAAGACGACCGAUGUUACAGUUGUGGUCAAAAUUGAUGAUAAACUCAACGAUCAAUUGGAUGUGGUUUACGUCUGUUUAGCCAAAGAUCAUAAAUCGUCUGCAGCUAAAGAUUUGACACAAAUCGGUCACAUUGUUGUCGACGGAAUCGCUGACAAAGUGGCCAACAUUUACAGCACCGGCCAGACGUCUAUUUGGGUCCAACUGUUGACAAAUCACACAAACCUCAAGAAUCAUUUGCUGGUGAAGACAGUAUCAUCAUUGCUGAGACAAGUGAUCAGUAGAUGUCGAUCACAGCCUUUGGUGUGUAUUGUUAGUAAAGAUUUGUCCCGUGAAGAAGAUUCAGACGACUACAUCGGUUACUUGACUACCGAUGAGAGCAAUCUAAAGAUAAUGCCAUCUGAUAUUAGCCGACGACCACUUUUGGCGCCAAAAAUGUUGGACAAUCUCGUGGAGAGCUCUGUCUUCGAGUACUGUAUUGUUUAUGGCAUUCCGUGUACUGCACUGAUUCUUCCACAGUUACCAUCAAAACUGUUGGACAACAACAAGACAUUUAUACCCAAAGCUAUCGUCGAUUGUGUCCAUUAUCUUAAUAACCAACACUUUGACUCAAAUAUCUAUAUUUAA